CAAGCGCCGCUGGUGUAGUGGUAUCAUGCAAGAUUCCCAUUCUUGCGACCCGGGUUCGAUUCCCGGGCGGCGCACGUACUCUUUUUAGUUUUUUUUUUUUUCUCCCCAUCUCAAAAAACUGUCGGUGACAGCAGAAAUUUCAAGACGAGAGAAAACCGGUGCAAGCACGAACGAGACCAUUUCAGAGUCACAAAGUGCUAUGAAAAUGUUAGGGCAGCUAUGGCGACAGAGUGCUGAGCUGAGGAGCACCUACACACCAGCGACCCAAACUCUCCGCCCGAGGCACCGCAGGGGCAGCCGCUCCCUAGGCGCCUCCAGAUGAUGCGGGCCCUUUAAACUGCUGCACCCGUCCUCCUGGGAACUGUAGUCCGUGGGGGAGGGCUUCGCGGGCGGCGGGCUUCCGGACGGCCUGACUACAACUCCCGGCGGCCCUCGCAGCGGCCGUACUACCGCUCUGGGAGGACUAGCUGUGGCACCGUGAUGCUUUUGGCAGCGGCCGCCGAGCGGAACAAGGAACCAAUUUUGCGCGUUCUGCGGCAGUAUGUGGACCCGGCUCAGCGCGGCAUUCGAGUGCUUGAAGUGGCCUCGGGCUCCGGCCAGCAUGCGGCCCACUUCGCGCGGGCCUUCCCCCUUGCAGAGUGGCAGCCGUCUGACGUGGACCAGCGCUGCUUGGACAGCAUCUCGGCCACCACUCAAGCCCAGGGAUUGUCCAACGUGAAGGCUCCGCUGUACCUGGACGUGACCUGGGGUUGGGAGAAAUGGGGCGGGAUCCUGCCGCAGUCGCUGGACCUGCUGCUCUGCAUCAACAUGACCCACAUCAGCCCCCUGAACUGCACCGAGGGGCUCUUCAGAGCAGCAGGACACCUGCUCAAACCCAAGGCGCUGCUCAUCACCUAUGGGCCCUACGCUGUCAAUGGGAAGAUCUCUCCCCAGAGUAAUGUGGACUUUGACCUGACCCUCAGAUGCAGGAACCCAGAGUGGGGGCUGCGGGACACGGCCUUCUUGGAGGACCUGGGCCAGGCCAACGGCCUUCUCUUGGAGAAGAUGGUGGAUAUGCCAGCCAACAACAAAUGCCUGAUUUUCCGGAAAGAGUAACCCUUCUUCCUGCAUGCCUAUGUCCCCAGUGAGGCCUCUUCUGGGACAAACCCAGAUAGCCAGCCCCUGCCUCCCUGGACCAGGCCAUGCAGACUGGCCUUGCCCAUUCUGGGGGCUCUUGGUCAGUGGCCACAGGGCUGCGGAGAGCCUGGGAAUAAAGUGUUUCCUGCUACCCUA